AUGAGCCGCAAGACACUUACUCUGCAUUCUUCACUGUUGUUUGAUCCACGGAAGAAGGCAUUUGUGAAAGAUGUCUCCAUCAAAAUCGACCGCCACUCAGGCGGCAUCGCUGACGUGUAUGAGCGGGCAUCAGACGAUGAGAUUCGUGACGGCGACAUCGAUCUCAGAGGCAAGGUCGUGAUGCCCGGCUUUGUGGACGCGCACACGCAUAUUUUUCUCCAUCCUUACAGCGAGCGGCCCGCAGCCGAGCAAAUGCGCGACGAGUCUAUCGUCGAGCGUACCGUGAGAGCCACGAACCACGUCCGCGAGGCGCUGCUCUCGGGCUACACGACAUACCGCGAUCUGGGCACGGAGGCGAUGGAGAACUUCGACGCCAACCUGCGCGACUGCAUCAACCGCGGCUUGAUCCCGGGCCCGCGGCUCUUCGUGGCCACGCACGCGCUGGCGUCGACGUCGUCGUACGACAUCCGCAGCGAGAACCGGCAGAACGGGCUCAAGCUGCCGCAGUCGUCGGACGCGGAGGACGGGCCCUGGGGACUGCGUCGCGCGGUGAGGAGGCGCAUCGGGGAUGGGGCGGACGUCAUCAAGUUCUACGCGGACUACAGGCGCAAGGUGAUGCGGUUCCCGCCUCUGCCCCCAGCUGUGUCAGGGGGCGGCCCUGGGAACGGGAUACGGUUCCCGCCAACGCACGCGCUGCCGAACCCAGCGGUUCCGCUGUUCAGCCAGGAGGAGAUGAACGCGAUUGUGGAGGAGGCCCGGCUGGCUAACCUGCCGGUCGCGGCUCACGCGGGGUCGGUGGAGGGGGCUACGAUGGCGGUGCGGGCGGGCGUGACCAGUGUAGAGCACGCCAACGAGAAUACGGAUGAGCUGUGGGAAGAGAUGGUGAAACGCGGUGUCAUCUACGUGCCGACGCUGGCAAUACUAGAUACGGUGCUGUCCCGGGCGGAGAUGAAGAAUAUGCAGGCCAGGGUCAAGAAAGCAUUCGACAUGGGGGUGAGAUUCGCGGCGGGCGGCGACACGGGAACGUUUGCGCACGGCGAGGGCGUGAGGGAGAUGGAGCUCUUGAGAGAGGCGGGCAUCCCGCUUGAAGACGUGCUCGAGGCGUGCUUCGUUGGCGGAUGGGAGGCGUGCGGCAAGGACUUGUGCGGGUACAGGUUUGGGUUCUUCGAGAAGGGGGCUAGGGCCGACAUCAUUGCCCUAGACACCGAUCCUAGGGAGGACGAGAAGGCGCUGCGGAAGGUGAGCUUCGUGAUGAAGGACGGAGAGGUGUAUAAGCAGGGCAGUGUGCCGGCCAACCUGCCAGGCGAGCACAGAUGGACCGAUGCUAAGGAGGAAGAGGUGGUGGAGGAGGAGGAGGGUGAGGAGGAAUGGCUCAGAGUGUGA